GUGACGUGGCGUUACCUGAGGCGUCGAAAGACGCUGAUCGGCGCGAAUAGUGAAGUGGCAGUUUCAGAAUCACGUGUCUGUACCGGAAAAGUGGUCAUCUUUUUCCUCACACCAAAAACCCUUCUUCACUCCUUCUCCACUACACACAUUUCGUCUGUAUGAAGACUAGCUAUAUCCUCUGAAAGGAAGGACCAUAGACAUGUCUUUUACCUUGGAACUGUUCGCUCAAAUGAGUCGCAGGAAAAGGAGUAAGAGGCAUUUCGCCGUAAGAGAAUGUAACAAAAAGUUGGAACUUUUUAUGCACCGGUGUUCUUCAUUAUUUGGUCGGUAGAUCUUGUACUGGUUGGGCUAUUAGAACUGAAGUAGUAAAUUGGAGGAGAUAGUUUUAUAGUUUUGACAAGCUAGUGAAUUUGACGAUUUAUGUGCCUUUUGGUUAGAUGUAGGUUGGAGGUCUGCUUAUGAUUUAUAGGAAGUUUAAUUACUUUAAUCUUUUACAUGGAGAACUUGGGCAAGAAGAGAAAGGGAGUAGAAAUUUCAGUGGUUUGUCAAAAAGAUGAGAGUCUAUUGACAGUAGUCAGGUCACAUUUAUCCUUGGAGGAUUAUUCUCAAAGGAAAAAGAAAUCUAGGGAAAUUGUGGUUGAAGAUGACAACUUUUGUAGGAAGAAUAUCAUUACUGGAGUAGCUACUGCCCCGUCUUGUGGGAGUGCACGUUCACGCUCACCUGGACGAGGUCUUAAAAGGAAAAUAGGCUGUCUUGAUUCAGCUACUCGAUUGGGGCGGAAGAAGAAGAUUGAGCAGGAUUACGAGAUGGGAGAUGUUAUUGGACGAGGGAAAUUUGGGUCUGUUCUAUUAUGUCAGAGAAAGGUGAGUGGGGAAAAACAUGCUUGCAAGACUCUGCUAAAGGGGGAAGAGAUCAUUCACCGUGAAGUUGAGAUAAUGCAGCAUCUCUCUGGGCAUCCAGGUGUUGUGACACUGAAGGCUGUGUAUGAGGAUGCUGAAUCUUUUUAUCUUGUUAUGGAACUUUGCUCAGGAGGAAGGUUGCUUGACCAAAUGGCUAGGGUUGGGCGAUACCCUGAGCAACAAGCUGCUAAUGUGAUCAAAGAUCUCAUGCUGGUUAUCAGAUACUGCCAUGAGAUGGGUGUUGUGCACAGGGACAUAAAGCCUGAAAAUGUCCUCCUUACAACCUCUGGACAAGUUAAGGUUUCAGACUUUGGGCUAGCUGUGAGAAUUUCAUAUGGUCAGAGCUUGACUGGAGUAGUUGGAAGUCCAGCUUAUGUUGCUCCUGAGGUUCUGCUAGGUGAUUACACAGAGAAAGUGGACAUAUGGAGUGUAGGUGUCCUCCUACAUGCACUUUUGGUGGGCUUGCUCCCAUUUCAAGGUGAUUCUUUGGAAUCUAUAUUCAGUGCGAUUAAGGAGGAGAACCUUGAUUUCAGUGGUGGAGCUUGGGAAUCUGUAUCACAACCAGCUCGUGAUCUGCUUUCUUGUAUGAUGACAAGGGAUGUUUCAGCAAGGUACAGUGCUGACGAAGUACUAAGACAUCCAUGGAUUUUGUUUUACACUGCACCCACAUUGAAGUAUCAUGCAAAGCCAAUUAGAAGCCAGCUGACUGCUACUACUAGGAUAGAGCGAGAGAGAAGAAACUUAGCCUUUAGCUCUCUCAGUGAUGACUUUGGUUCAGCUUUAACAUCUGGUAGUUCGUCUAAGAUGCCUGAAGGUGAAGACUCUGGUUUUAUCGAUGCUCUCACAGUGGCUGUUUCACACAUGAAGAUAUCAGAGCCAAAGAGAAGCAGAAUAUGCAGCCCAGCCAGAACAAUCGAUCAAGAAUGUUCCCCUAACAUACAAGCUAACCACCUCUGUACAGCGUUCUGACGGGUAUGACCUGCAGCAGCAUGUAGUGUUCCCCUUGUAAAGGUAUCCCUUUGAAGCAACGGUGUAGCACAGCAUGUCCAUUGAUUUGACUUCCCAACUACAUGAAGUGGUAAAUGGUGAACUGAUUUCAUUUAACCUUUGGCUCUAGAAUAAAUAAUCAUUAAUAAACAAACCUGUCAGAUCAUACUCGACUAGUUUGGGGUUGCUUCUGUCAUGUGAAUUCAUAACAUGUCUUAACUUAUAAGUUAGUGUGUGUGUGUGUGUGUUAUGUAAAUAAGGCGUGUUUUCUGACUCAUUUCUAUUGGAACGUUGUAAGAAAACAUUCAAUGGUGAUA